AUGAUAACACCUCCGAUACUUAUCCGUCAGAUGCAGAAGAUGGCGAGUGAUACUCUACCUGAAAGAUGGCAAGACUCGAUAGACGGUAAAACUACCACAGAAGUACCGAGUCCUGCACUGCAGAAUUGGCUGGAAGAAUUGUACUUUGAUAGUGAGCGAAGCACAGAUCUUACGAAGGAAGAUAUAGUAAAACUGGGGCAACUCGUUGGAAAGUUGCUGCAGUUUGAGCCGGCCAAGAGGGUGUCGGUGAGGGAAAUCUUAGAUGAUCCUUGGUUCAAAUGCGACUCAUAG